AUUGAACUUUGACACGGCUUCUAAGGACAAAAUCUGUAACGUGACCGGUAAUGAUAGACACUUUGUAAACGAACAUGGCGACUGCUACAGUGAAUCCUGAUCUAGCUCGAGCAAGAGCACAGGCAACAUUCGACCCAUUGAAGUUAACUUAUUUUAUUUAUGAUGGAGCGGACAAAACAAAAAGGAAACGUUUCUUACGUAAGCUUUUUAUUGAAGUUAUGUGUCGUUCUUGACAAGCGACAGUUAGCUCAUUGAUUGUAUUGUAAUGAAUGGGGACGAAACUAGAUUAAACUUUUUUAAACUGAUAUAUUAGUAUUAGUAUUAGGCUAGGCCUAAAUUACUUAAUUACUUGUCAGUCUUGUCUUAUGCUUUUGCUGCUUAACGAUUAGAACUUAUAACUUUUUUGUAGAACUCAUUUAAUAUGAUUUACUUUAGCCUAACAAGACACUAAAAGUUCUAUAAGAGUAUGGUCAGGCAUGUUCCAGUUUUUUUAAUUUACAUUUUCAUUUAUUAUUUAUAUUAAUUUUACGGUAAUUUAAGAGAGAGCGGCCCGCGUCUAUUUCCAUGGCCGCCAUCUUGGUUGCCUCGACCCGCGCACUUUUACGUGUUCACGUGUUGAGGCAACCAAGAUGGCGGCCAUGGAAAAAUAAAAUAAUUCACGUUUGCUAAAAUAAAAAGAAAACGUAAAAAAUGGCUUUAAUCGAUCCCUAUGGUAUAAUUUUACAAUUCUAUAAUUGUGAUCUAUUCAAGGCAGGGAAGAGUUAUGUCAUGUGCACAGCUGUACGUAUAAUGCAGAGCGUUAUCGCUUGAAUAUUUAGCAAAUUUCUAGAAUUAAUUAGGAUCAUAUUCCAAGCUGGGGUGGUGGGGGGGGGGGUGGUGGUGGUGUUGUAGUGUUAAGUAUUGUAGGAUAGAUCGAUGUUUAAUGAGCAUGGCACAAACACAUUUCUAAACCGAAGCUAUGCACUAAUGAAAUCAAACAUUUUCAUAGGUCUAACUAUAGCCUACUAUUACUAACCAUCAUUAAGUCACACCAUAAUAUAGGCUUAAUAUAUUAUAAUGAAUGCCAUAUUAUGUGAAUUCGUUUAAAAAACUAUGCACAUAACCUUUCAAAUUUCUGACCACCCCACGUGUGGAGGUUUUUAUAAAUACAUCGUUGUAUUGCUGAUUUCAAGCCCCUCAUACAGUAACUUGCGCAUAGUGCCAAGCGUUAUUGGCAGACUGAAAUUUUUGAAAAACGAUGAGUCUUAUGCGCACAGCUGUGCAUAUAAUCACUUCGUUUAUUCAACAAAAAAAAAAAAGUCUCAUACCAAUCAUACUGACUAAUAUACAUUACUGAUUCAUUAUUAUUUAACUUAUCCUUAUUAAUUAGUGACUUACUGAGCCGCUAAUAAUAAUAUUACUAAUGACAGUAAUGACCCAUAAUUAAAAUGUAAGAAACCGCUUUGUAAAAUUUUUAUUUAAUUUUAAAGUGUAAAUAUGAUUAAUACAUAAAAAUUCCAUAUAUUUAUAUAUAAUAAUAAAACUUUAAAUAUAUUAUAAUUAUUUACAAUAUAUUUCAUCAAUGUGCAGCAAAUGUGCAGUUAAUGGCAUGGGCAUGUUUUUUUUUCACGAGUUGUCUCACCCUAAGCACAGUGACAUCACUUUGAGGAAUCCCAUCACUGAACAUAGGGUGACUGGACCAAUGAUUCUGAUCAAUGAAAAUAACAACUUUCCCGUUCUUCAUUGAGCAUUAUUCGGUUAAAAAACGGGACACUUCAAUGUAAUUUCUGGGUAGGGUAGACCCCUCCCACUCCCCCCCUUUCAAGACAAAAAUUAAAAAUUGAGAAAAAACAAACUAUCACAUAACAUUAGAGCUAAAUUUUGAAAUCUUUUGAAAUACGGAACUUGGGCGGUAGUUGAUCUGGGGAACCUCCAUGAUCUAUAUACCAUGGAAGACAUCACUGGUCCUGCCGCUAACUGCAUUUCAGUCUCGUACUACUUCACUAUUGGUAUUGCCUAUAUCAUAAUUAUAGAUAUUCAUAGUCUAUAUAUACAUUAUAUAGUAUAUAAAUAUAUUUAUUUGUCCCUUACUAUUUUUAUAGCCUAAACAGCCUAAUGCCUAUAUAAUUAUCUUAUAUUUAAAAAAAAUUCAAUUAUUGUUUCUAGUUAAUUGUAAUUCUAGGCAUAAAGCUACGUUCACACUGCAGGUUUUUUCAAGCUACAAUUCUCAGUGGUGAAUCCAUGUUGAUGUAGUCUACCUCCAUGUUUCCAGCUUGCUCAUUUUCCUUGAUGUAGAUCUUGUAUUGUUGCGUUUUGUAUUUUAUUUGUGGAAAUAUAUAAAUUGUGAUAUAUGGUUGACUUUGUACCGCGCUUUGAGCCUUAAUUAAGGAUGAAGCGUGUUUUUAAAAUGCACUUUAUUAUUAUUAUUAUUAUGUUCACAUGAGCGAGCGCAGCUAUGGCUUCUGAUGAACAACUUUUGUUUAUAUUUAUCAAUUUUAAAUUUAUGUGCUAGUGCAACAGUCAGUAACCUGAAACCUGGAGCUGCAUGUGGCUCUUUAAAUUAAUAAAUUUUAAUAAUGAUUUUACCAAUAAUAUCUAGGGUUAAAACAUCAGACCUGUUUACCCUCGAACUCUUAAAAUCCUACAAUAUCAUCACAAAAUCGUUUAAUACCUUAUAUUUAUAGUAAAAAAUUAACAUAGAGUAUAUAUAAUGUUUACACCUCAAAAUCGUACAUUGUGCGCCAAAAUCGUAAGAGUAAACAACAGGUCUGAAACAUGUAAAAUUUAAAAAAAAAAUCUUAAAUUAAUUUCAUUUGUUAAGAAAAAUACAUCAUUUCUCUAAUCUUUCUCAUUUUGCCCACUCCAUAAAAUCGAACUUGAAAUUUAUUUCACAAACUUUAAUCUUAGUACUACAAAAUAUGCCUCUGUAGGGCUACUGUCCAAUACAGCUAAUAACUAAAAUUUGCAAACAAUAUAAGCGUAAUGAUAAAAAAUAUGACGAGAUUGUGUGUCUGUAUAUUGCCAGCAGACAUUAAACAGCAAUUCUCAACAAACCUUUCGAAAGGAAACUUUUUGGCUCCAUUUUUUUUGCAGCAAGUAGCACAGAAAGUUGAGAAUCCCUGUAGCAGAUCUGCAGUGUAAAUGUACCUUAAGCCUAAAAUAAAGCCUAAAAUAGCCUGAAUGUCGUAUUUCUUUUAAUCAAAGAACAAUGCCUCGCUUUACAAGAUAUAUUGAUAUUAUUAUUUUAAGUAAACUUAUACUAUCAUAUUUUUGAUGAAAUAAAAGAAGGAUUAAUGCUGGGAAGAGUUUUAUUUAAUUUUAAAAAAAAUUUAUACAUGAAAAAUUUAUCUUAUUACAUUUUGUUUAAUUAGAAAAUAUUGCUAUCAAGGAGAGUCAAGAACAGGGAUUCAGACGGACUGCAGAGCUGACGAGAGAAGAACAGUAUGAUGAGGCUCUGCGUAAAACUACGUAUGCCUUAAGAAGAAUUGCUGAACUCGGGUUGAAAGAUUCAACAGAUUUGUAUUUCUUCAAAGAGUGAGUUGUGUUUGUGAUUAACAUUCAGUGGAAUUUCAUUUAUUUGACAAUGGUUCCCUAUGUCAACAGACCUGUUUACUCUUACGAUUUUGGCGUACAAUGUACGAUUUUAAGGUGUAUACGUGUUUAUACAGUAGGUUUAUUAUUUUACAAUUAAGAUAAUGUUUUAAACGAUUUUGUGAUGAUAUUGUACGAUUUGAAGAGUUUGAGGGUAAACAGGUCUGUGUCAAGCUGCUAGUCUAAAGUAAGAGAGAAGGUUCACUAGACAUACUUUUAUACAAUAUAUAAAUGGUUCCCUAUGUCAAGCCGCUAGUCUAAAGUAAGAGAGAACGUUCACCAAGCCUCUAGUCUAAAGUAAGAGAGAGGGUUCACUAGGCAUACUUUUAUACAAAUAAUAAGGGGCCCCUCCAUAAAUGACGUCAUAAAUUGGAGGAGAUGGGGUAAGGGUCUGAGUAGACAUAAGAUUUUGUGAUGAUACUUUUAUCAUGGUUGCUAAAUUUUGUGACAAAUUUGUGAUGAUUUGGGGGUAAAAAAUUAUCUUAAGCAUGACAAUAGUUAUGGAUGGCUCCUAAGUGCCUGAAUAUAGGAAAAGAAAUUUGUUUUAGUAUGCAAACAGCUUCAAAAAGGGAUUUUUAAGGGGAGGAAAUGGGUGCAAUGGGUGGGGUGGGGUGGAGACAAUAUCAAAUGGUUCCCUUAUAAUAAUUUCUAUGAUAAAAAAAUCCUUAAAAUUAGAAUUAUGAUAACCUUAAAGUUGAGUGCUUUAAAGUUAAAAAAAAGAGGAACUAUGCCUAUUUAUUACAUGUAAGUAGAAAGUCAUGGGCAGUCCAAUAAAUACCACAAAACUAAGCGUCAAUGAAAGUACCAAGUUGUUGUACUGUACACAGCAAUAAACAAAUGAAAUAAUAGAGAAGAGCAGCACUGUACACAACAAUAAACAAAUGAAAUAAUAGAGAAGGCAGCACUGUACACAACAAUAAGCAAAUUAAAUAAUAAAGAAGGGCAGCACAGUACGCAGAAGUCACCAACGAGAUUAUUGGGUUCUAUGAGAAAAAUGAAAAUGUCUAUAAAUCUGGACAUGAAAUAUAUGAGACAUAAACAAAUGUUUAUAAAGCAUCAGGUCUGUUGAAAUGAUCUUUCAAGUCCUUUUAAAGCAGUAUAAUUCUAUAUUUAGCCCUUUCACUUGAAUCAGAUUUAACAGAGAACAUUUUUCUUCCAGAGUUUUGUUAUCAGAAAAUUCCUUUGUUAUCCAUAUGAUGGCUUUUGAGCCAACUGUUGAGAAGCUGGGCACACCAGAGCAAAAAGCAAAGUGGCUGCCCUUGAUUCACUCAUUCCAAGUGAUUGGCACCUAUGCUCAGACUGAGCUGGGCCACGGUAGGUGGCAGAUGAGACAUUGUGAAUCCAUGGUGAUCACAAGGUCUUUGACAGAAAAGUUGACUUGGUACUUGAUGUGUUAAGUCUGUUUCAAACAAAGCUUUUUGUUGUAUGAGGUCUUCCCCCCCCCCUCCCCUUUUCCCUGUUUUUUUCCCAUUCCAGCCUUACUAAAAUGUAUAUGAAGUUUUAUGACAAAUAUGUUCACUACAAAACUGUUGCUUCAUAUAGGAAUUCUUUUUUUAAAAUAAUUGAAAAGCUUUCAUCAAAAUGAAAUUGUGUCUUUUUGAUAAAAUAAUUCAUAUGAACAAAAUCUGUGGAUACAUAGCUUCCAUAACAGUUGCUUUAGCUUUCCCAAAAGUAAACAUUCCAAAUAUGAUUUCAUAUGAGUACAUCAAAAACUUAGUCUAAAAGCAGCACAGAAACCCAGUGAAGCCAUUGUGUAAACUAGGUCAUGUGACCAAAGAUUGCCUGCUGAAUGAGGCCAAAGUCUGCACUAUAAAAAAAAAAAAAAUUUCAAAAAUCAAUGUCUAUCACUGAAGUGAGCAUGAACUAAAACAUUCAUAAAAUUGCGAUACCCUUGAUAGAUUUGUCUCAUGGAAAUAUUCCUGCCAAACAAGAUCAACCCCUCCCUUAGCCAUACCCCUGACUGAUGACAUGGGGACCACCUUUAUUAUCAUUAGUGUUCAGCAGGCAGAAGUAAUGUUACAUAAUGUGACUCCCUUGUUAUCUUCAUGGCUCUGUGCAAAUCAAACUAGUUAACAGUGUCAAGGUUGAUAGUCAGUACCACUAAGGACCACAGUUGACAAUGGAAGGUGCAUUUGAACAAAUUAUACCUUAUUAUAUUCCUUAUAAAUAAAAAAAAGCAAACAAUUUUACCAGGAAUAAUUGUUUAAUGUCAGUGUUUUUUCCCCGUAUGUUUCUUGAAACUUCAGUUUCAACUUUGGUUUUGAGUUGAAAUAACGCUUAAAUAUAUCCAAAAGUCUUAUUAGUAACUCUCUUAAAUAUACAGUUGAACUCUGUUAUGUCACCGGCCUCGGGUUUUGCCAAAAUGUGCUGAGUUAACCGAGGUUGAGAUAAGUGGGCUCGACUGUAGUCAAAAUCUUAGAACCUCUCUUAAAUAUUCUCAGAGUCUUAGUACCUGUCACUCUCUUAAGUGCAUUGGGAAACAAUUAAUAUACAAAAAUUCUCUCCCUGCCACUUCUAGUAGUUGUGUUCAACUGUUUUAAAUGUCUCUCCCUGCCACUUCUAGUGGUAGUGUUAAACUGUUUCAUAUGUCUCUCCCUGCCACUUCUAGUAGUAGUGUUGAACUGUUUUAUAUGUCUCUCCCUGCCACUUCUAGUGGUAGUGUUGAACUGUUUUAAAUGUCUCUCCCUGCCACUUCUAGUAGUAGUGUUGAACUGUUUUAAAUGUCUCUCCCUGCCACUUCUAGUAGUAGUGUUGAACUGCUUUAAAUGUCUCUCCCUGCCACUUCUAGUGGUAGUGUUGAACUGUUUUAUAUGUCUCUUCCUGCCACUUCUAGUAGUAGUGUUGAACUGUUUUAAAUGUCUCUCCCUGCCACUUCUAGUAGUAGUGUUGAACUGUUUUAAAUGUCUCUCCCUGCCACUUCUAGUAGUAGUGUUAGACUGUUUUAAAUUUCUCUCCCUGCCACUUCUAGUAGUAGUGUUGAACUGUUUUAAAUGUCUCUCCCUGCCACUUCUAGUAGUAGUUUUAAACUGUUUUAAAUUUCUCUCCCUGCCACUUCUAGUAGUAGUGUUGAACUGUUUUAAAUGUCUCUCCCUGCCACUUCUAGUAGUAGUGUUAAACUGUUUUAAAUUUCUCUCCCUGCCACUUCUAGUAGUAGUGUUAAACUGUUUUAAAUUUCUCUCCCUGCCACUUCUAGUAGUAGUGUUGAACUGUUUUAAAUGUCUCUCCUUGCCACUUCUAGUAGUAGUGUUAAACUGUUUUAAAUUUCUCUCCCUGCCACUUCUAGUAGUUGUGUUAAACUGUUUUAAAUGUCUCUCCCUGCCACUUCUAGUAGUAGUGUUCAACUGUUUUGAAUGUCUCUCCCUGCCACUUCUAGUAGUAGUGUUCAACUGUUUUGUUGAAUGAUGUGCCUUGUGUACCACAUUCAGCAAACAAUAACUCUCAUUUCCUGGCACUGUUUUCUACUUCUAACAACUUCUUUGUUAUUUAUGUGAAAGCAUUAGUAGAAUCCCAUUAACUUUUUAAGGUGUCUUUGAUGGAAUACAUUUAAUGUCUGGUCUCUUAUAAUCAUUUUCCUUGUAUAGUUUGCCUAGUUGAGAUGCUGAUAUUGAAUUAAGGAAGAAUAUUCAACUGUUAAGAUUUUAUUCCUGUUAAAUCAAAUUCAGCCUUUGUACCUCCUUCAUCUGUUCCAAUAUCUUUGAUCUUUGCCCACUUUUCCAAAGCCUUGAUACUUGAUGUGUUUUGGUUGAUACAACAACAAGAGCAGAUUGAUUGUCUUGUUUCUCAAUGACAUCAACUGAGCUUAAUUUGUAUCCUAGCUAUUUUAUGCUUGAGUGAUGAACUCAGAAGGAAAUACAAUGACACAUCAUCAUCAAAUGGAAACUUUUGAUCUCCAGAUUUUUUUGGAACAAUUUUUUUAAAAAUUUCUGUUGAAAAAAAAAUUGUGUAGAUCUAGUUUUUCUUCUAACUGACAAUGAUCUUGAAAGAACUUUCAGAAUUUAACAUAGUUUCAGGUGACUUUUGAAAACAGAUGUUUCCUGGGUUGAACAAGAUAAGUAGCACAAAUCCCAUAAUGCUAGAUUUUGUUUGGCAAACUUUCAGACCAUUGUUUGCCAGUGACUCAUCUCCGUUUGGGCUCCAUGAAAGCAUGUUUUUACCAACCAUUCAGAAACAAGGAACUGAGGAGCAGACGAAAAAGUGGAUCCCACUGGCCAAACGAUUUCAAGUCUUAGGGACUUAUGCUCAAACUGAGCUUGGUCAUGGUAAGGCAAAUCAUCAUCAUCAGAUAGGAUUGUAGUGAUAGGAUUGUAGGGAUAAGAUUUUAGGGCUAGGAUUGUAGGGAUAAGAUUUUAGUGAUAGGAUGAAGUCCAGGGGCCUAAUGCUCAAACUGAACUAGAUCAUGGUAAGGCACAUCAUUUUCAUUAGGUAGGAUUGUAGUGCUAGGAUUGUAGGGCUCUUUUCUUCCUGGAAUUGUAGUUUUAUGCUUAUAAUGUCUGGAAUGUACAUUCAAGUGAGUUGCGUCAGGUUUGUAGUCUGAGGACUGCAGUCCUGGGAUUGCAUGUGUUGGAAUGAAGUUUGGGUUACGGUAUUUAUUUUCUGUGCAUGCUACAAAUGAUCAUGAGAUAAUUCUGCCAUGUCAUAAUGUGUUUCUUGUAGUUUUUUUCUUCACACUUUACACAAUCAGCACUCUGGGAUUUGUGCUCAGUUAUUAAUAGACAUAUUUCAUAUUGAUGCAUGCCUACAUAAUUCUGUCUGUAAUGUUGACAUUGUGUAGUUAUGCUUCACAUGCUAUGUUUCAAUUUGAAUUAGAGACAGACCGAAUAUCGGCCAUGGUUUCGGUGCUGAAAGUUGCCAUUUGAUCACUUUCGGCCUAGUUCCGGUUUCGGACGAAACUGAAAUAUUAACUUUCAGUUUAAUUUCGGUUUUGGCCGAAAGUGAAUAUUAGAGAGGUAGUUACAGUCUUAUAUUUAGUGUGGACAGUAAUUAAAACACUACCUUGAGGAUUUGGUUGUGGGGGGGGGGGUGUGGUGGGGGUGGAAUCAAUUGACUAAAUGUGUAUUUUGUAAUGGUAUCCUUCGCCUUCAGCUGGGCAAUCUUUUGGGAAUCUCUGAUUUGAUUUCAUUAGAAAUCUUAUCAUUUCCACUACAUCCCACCACCACCACCUUCCAAACACCACUACCAUCUGUCCUUCACUAACAACCCACCUCCUCUACCAUACCACCUACACUACAUCCCACCUGCUCCAUCAUCCCACCUCAAAUGAUGAUAAAAUCUCUGAAUGGAAAGUCUCAGCUUUUCAGUAAGUUGAAAUCAACAUCUCAGCUGUGUAAUUGUUUUGUCCAGUGGGGAUGUCUGGAUUUAAUGGCCAAUUCAUUGUACUAUUUUCUUCUUGUUGUUGACUAGACCAAAUAAGUUGCACUAUUUUCUUCUUGUUGUUGACUAGACCAAAUAAGUUGCACUAUUUUCUUCUUGUUGUUGACUAGACCAAAUAAGUUGCACUAUUUUCUUCUUGUUGUUGACUAGACCAAAUAAGUUGCACUAUUUUCUUCUUGUUGUUGACUAGACCAAAUAAGUUGCACUAUUUUCUUCUUGUUGUUAGCUAGACCAAAUAAGUUGCACUAUUUUCUUCUUGUUGUUGACUAGACCAAAUGAAUUGUACUAUUUUCUUCUUGUUGUUGGCUAGACCAAAUAAGUUGCACUAUUUUCUUCUUGUUGUUAACUAGACCAAAUACAUUGCACUAUUUUCUUCUUGUUGUUGACUAGACAAAAUAAGUUGCACUAUUUUCUUCUUGUUGUUGACUAGACCAAAUAAGUUGCACUAUUUUCUUCUUGUUGUUGGCUAGACCAAAUAAGUUGCACUAUUUUCUUCUUGUUGUUAACUAGACCAAAUACAUUGCACUAUUUUCUUCUUGUUGUUGACUAGACCAAAUACAUUGCACUAUUUUCUUCUUGUUGUUGACUAGACCAAAUAAGUUGCACUAUUCUCUUCUUGUUGUUGACUAGACCAAAUAAGUUGCACUAUUUCAUCUUAUUCCUAUAAUUGCUCUAUUCUCACCUCCUGCUCUCAUGACCAAUUAGAUUGCACUUAAAAAAGCUAAAGAUUACCAGAAAAUUGCACUACACGCCAUUUCAGCAUUAUCAAAAUUGAAAUGUUCAUUUCUGGUCCUUAGACUUGACCACAACAGUACUAAGUCAACUAUUGGUUCAAUUGGUUUUAUUUACAUUUGAUUACAGCUGCAUGUCAUUCAAAUUGUUCACUUUCUUGUAAAUUGUUUGCACAUACACAAUAGUAAAAUUGCUUUCAAUUUUAUUGCCCUGGAUGGGUCUUUAUGGUAUCAAAGAAGCAUCCAUCUGUGUGAGGCUGUGAUCCCCGGUCCCAAGAACUGUCAUUCAAAUUAUCAUAUUUGUAAACUUGACAAGUUGAUUGCUGAGAAAUGAAUCUACCAUCCCAUAAGAUGACUUUUGUAAUUGUAAUAUUAUAUGCUACCCAAUGUUUUCAUUGGAUGUAAUCAGUUUUUGCUAAGGUUGCACAAGAUACAUGCACUAGACAUCCUAAGGUCUUGGCAUGACCCAUUUGCAACAGGUAUAUUAGUGCAAGCUAAAUGUUGGACUUAUCAAUGAGGGCAUCAUCAUUAAGUAGUCAUAUGACAUUACUCACUGCCCCAAGGACCGUGGGUUUAUGCAUAUGUCCUUCACUUUAGUAUGUGAGGUUAUUUCAAGUGAUGUAGACAGUGCUAUGACAUUACACACUUCCCCAAGGACAGUGGAUUUAUGUAUAUGUCUUUCACAUGAGUAUGUGACAUAAUGUCAAGUGAUGUAGACAGUGUUAUUACAUAUUACAGGGACUUUCUUACGUGGUCUGGAGACAACAGCCACAUAUGAUGUUAAGUCUAAAGAAUUCAUCAUCAAUUCUCCUACAGUCACAUCAUCCAAAUUCUGGCCUGGUGGAUGUAAGUAAAAUCUAUUGCCCAAACAAUCAUCAAGUUCCCAGCAAUCACCUCAUCAAGUUCCCCAACAAUCACUGCAUCAAGUUCCCCAACAAUCACCUCAUCAAGUUCCCCAACAAUUACCACAUCAAGUUCCCCAACAAUCACCUCAUAAAGUUCCCAAACAAUUACCUCAUCAAGUUCCCCAACAAUCACUGCAUCAAGUUCCCCAACAAUCACCUCAUCAAGUUCCCCAACAAUUACCGCAUCAAGUUCCCCAACAAUCACCGCAUCAAGUUUCCCAACAUCACCUCAUCAAGUUCACCAACAAUCACCUCACCAGCUCCCAACAACUAACAUGUUCCCUAUACUCUCUGUCCAGUGGGUAAAACAGCCAACCAUUGUGUGGUGAUGGCCAAGCUGAACGUGGGAGGCAGAGACUGCGGAAUGCAGUCUUUCAUUGUCCAGAUCAGAGAUGUGGAGACACACCAACCAUUGCCAGGUAAGUGGACUGUGGAAUGCAGUCUUUCAUUGUCCAGAUCAGAGAUGUGGAGACACACCAACCAUUGCCAGGUAAGUGGACUGUGGAAUGCAGUCUUUCAUUGUCCAGAUCAGAAAUGCGGGGACACACCAACCAUUGCCAGGUAAGUGGACUGUGGAAUGCAUUCUUUCAUUGUCCAGAUCAGAAAUGCGGGGACACACCAACCAUUGCCAGGUAAGUGGACUGUGGAAUGCAGUCUUUCAUUGCCCAGAUCAGAGAUGUGCAGACACACCAACCAUUGCCAGGUAAUAGGACUGUGGAAUGCAGUCUUUCAUUGUCCAGAUCAGAGAUGUGGGGACAGACCAACCAUUGCCAGGUAAGUGGACUGUGGAAUGCAGUCUUUCAUUGUCCAGAUCAGAGAUGUGCAGACACACCAACCAUUGCCAGGUAAGUGGACUGUGGAAUGCAUUCUUUCAUUGUCCAGAUCAGAGAUGUGAAGACACACCAACCAUUGCCAGGUAAGUGGCUGGAAAAUUUGAACCUGUUUUUAAUCAUACAUGAUAAUGAUAUUAAUAAAUGUUGAUCCUGUCCAACGCAUGAAGAUCCUGUCCAACGCAUGAACAAUGUAAGAUCAAGCUUGAAAUGAGCCAAAACAAGGAAUGUUCAACAGUGAACAAAACAAGGAAAAGUAAAAAAAAAAUGUGAAAAUAAAAAUUAGAAGUAGGACAUAAACUAGCCAAGGUUGGAAGGUGCCAAGCACAAGCACCAGGUCAGACCACCUUAAAAAUAAAUACAAACUUUGAUGGAAUAAGGUAACAUAAUUUGGAUUGAAGGCUAUGUUUGCUAGGCUUGUACUUACACAUUUUAAGCCUAGGGGAAAUAUGAAAAUGUUCUUUCAAUUCCUGUCCACAGGAGUGACAGUGGGAGACAUUGGACAGAAGUUUGGUUACGGAGCGAUGGACAAUGGGUUCUUGACUCUGAACAAUGUGAGAAUCCCCAGGGAGAACAUGCUUAUGAGAUACUCUCAGGUAGGAAGUCUUAAGUCAUAGCUUCUAAUCUCAUCUGUUCAAGUCAUAGCUUCUUAUCUCUUUUGUUCAAGUCAUAGCUUCUAAUCUUUUUUGUUCAAGUCAUAGCUUCUAAUCUCAUCUGUUCAAGUCAUAGCUUCUAACGUUGUCUGUUCAAGUCAUAACUUCUAAUCUCAUCUGUUCAAGUCAUAGCUUCUAAUCUCUUUUGUUCAAGUCAUAGCUUCUAAUCUCUUUUGUUCAAGUCAUAGCUUCUAACCUCGUCUGUUCAAGUCAUAGCUUCUAAUCUCAUCUGUUCAAGUCAUAGCUUCUAAUCUCAUCUGUUCAAGUCAUAGCUUCUAAUCUCGUCUGUUCUAAUCACGUCCUGAUUGUUUUUACUAACUGGCUAAAUCUUAGUCGACAUGUUUACAUUCAUGCCUUCAUAUGACAACAUAGUCCUCAUCUUAUGACUUUUCUGGUGAUCAGAUAUUACAAAUAAAAUAUUUGUCUCUAAUCUGGUUUUGUUUUGGUUAAAUUCAGGUCCUCGAAGACGGCACAUUUGUCUCCCCUAAAAACGACAAACUUUUGUACGGGUCUAUGACUUUGAUCCGUGCCCAGAUUGUGGGUGGCUGUGCCAGGGCUUUGUCCAAGGCUGUAACCAUAGCAACGAGAUACAGUGCAGUCCGAAGGCAGUCUGAGAUCAACCCUGGGUAUGUAAGAUUGUGUUGGACAGUGUGGAGCUGUCUUCAGUAAUCUUGUCUCACCAUGUGCACACAGUGUUUCACACUGAAUUCAGAUAUUUUGCUAACAGACUUGAACAGUUGUAUAUGUAAAGUGUACGUUGGUGUGUUAUAUUAUAGAAUACAGUGGUUGGUAUAUGUGGCAAAUAGAAGAAUAGAACAUUGUCUAGAGGUUAAGCCCCCUUCCUUAUGACCACAGAAAUAGAGUCAAAACAAUUUUUCUCACAGUCCCAGCACAGCUGAUGUGUUGUUUGACAUCAUAGCCCCAGCUAAGCUGAUGUGUUGUAUGAUUCAAAUAACAAAAAGCUGUGAAAAGUUUCAAGUUUCUUUAUUUCCUGGCUUCUAAUUCAUGACAGUUGAAAAAUGCAUUAGAAAUAAUCAAUGCUGUUCAGAAUACAUGGACUUGUCAAAAAAUCCUAAACAUCUUAUCACAAAAAAAUAUAGGAACAUCACUCCCAGCGAAAAUUUAAGAAUUCUCUAUCUGAGAUAACAAGCUCAAGCAAUUACUCCACAUUUCUCUGUGGUUAAGAUGCUGUUCAGGACAUUCUGGUCCCUGCUUUUGCCUGUUUGGUGUACACGCUACCAUACGUCCUCAGCAAACAGUGCUACCAUGUGUCCUCAGCAAACAGUGCUACCAUGUGGCCUCAGCAAACAGUGCUACCAUAUGGCCUCAGCAAACAGUGCUACCAUAUGGCCUCAGCAAACAGUGCUACCAUAUGGCCUCAGCAAACAGUGCUACCAUAUGGCCUCAGCAAACAGUGCUACCAUGUGGCCUCAGCAAACAGUGCUACCAUAUGCCCUCAGCAAACAGUGCUACCAUGUGGCCUCAGCAAACAGUGCUGUCUGAAGCAACCCACAUAAACUGCCAUGCAUCAAAACAAUGUUUGGCAAUGAACUUAAAUUAUUGUUAUAUGUUGAAUCCAUAUUUUUCUGUCCACCAGUUUUUGUGAUAUGUUGAACUCUUGUCCUCAUGUUGACUCCAUGUUUUCCUUCAGUGCCGGAGAAGUUCAAGUCCUUGACUUCCAAACUCAACAGCACCGAUUGUUUGUUCAAAUAGCCACAGCGUACGCCUUGAGCAUGGCCGGCCGAGCCUCCAUAGCUGCGUACACCAGAGUCUCUGCACAGAUUGAGUCCGGGGCCCUGGAAGAGUUGCCCAUUGUGAGUUACUGCCAUUGUUUACAGCCUCUUGUUCUUUUGUGCUCCAUGUUCUUGUAGCUUAGGUCAAACACAAUGAAAUUAACAACAAGCCUCUGACAACCAUUUGUUCUAUGCUUACACAAAAUGUCUUUAUAAACGUUUGAUCAUUUGAAAACAGAUUCAAAAGGUAACGACACCCGGUACAUGUACCAGAUUUUAGCCAUCAGAUUUUUUAAUGCCAUGCCAAGUUGGCUGCGGUCUUCAAACUUUAAAGGUUGAGUUUUUUUUAUUUAAACUCUUUGUUUAACUAUCUCUCUAGAACAGCGCUGCCUUACUUCACUAAGUCUGUCUCACAUGUCUGAUGGUGAGAGCUUUGGAAAUAUCGAGUCUGGCAUUAUUCUAAUAGAUCUGCCUCACUCAUCUGAUGGUAUUAUGCUAAUAAGUCUGCCUUACAUGUCUGAAGGCAUCAUUCUAAUAGGUCUGCCUCACAUGUCUGAUGGCAAAGCAUAGGGCACAUUGAAUCUGGCAUCAUUGUUCCUGUUGCCAAUUAAUAACUACCAUUAAUACAAAUCAUUUAUGUAUAUUUUUUCAUAAAAUCUAUAUGGGUGCGGUGCAAGUUCAUGUCGUUUCCCCUAGUACUAGUUAUCUAACCUUAUUCUGUUGCCUCAGGUUUUCCCAUGUGAACAUUAGCUUUGCACCAUUCCUAUAUAAAUAAUUAACUGUAAGAUUCGUUAUUGUUUGUUCUAGCUCCAUGCACUGUCGGCAGCACUGAAGGCCUUCAGCUCCUGGGAAAUGGCUUUUGGGAUUGAACAGUGCCGCCUGGCGUGUGGGGGUCAUGGUUACAUCCAAGCCAGCGGUUUGCCUAAAAUCUACACCCACGAGGUGCCGGCCUGCACAUAUGAGGGAGAAAAUACAGUGCUCUGCCUCCAGACAGCCAGGUAGACAUAAUUUUAUCAUUGUCUUCAGAGAGCCAGGUAGACAUAAUGUUAUCUUUCCUUCAGACAACCAGGUUAAUAUAAUGUUAUAAAAAUAUAUAGUUAAAGAAUAAGUUCCCAGUGGCCAGACAUUCCCAUUUAUUUCCAAAUUAUUAUCAGCUGAGUAUUUAAGCCAGGCCUGCACAAAUCAAAAUAUAAGGCAGGCUGUUACACUUUAAGAAAAACGUGUGGGCCAAAAGAGAAUAGGACAGGACUUAUGGAGGCCAAAAGAAAACAGGACAGGACUUGUGCGGGCCAAAAGAAAGACAGGGGUAAGCUGUUAGGAAAAUAAUAAGAAUACAAAAUAUAUCGUUACUUUUCGGGUCACAAAGUGGGUGCAGACGGGCCGUAUGUUGUGCAGGCCUGAUUUAAGCCAUUCAGCAUUGACUGGAGUCAUGAAUAAAGAAAUGGGGUUUAUUAGUCUUAUAAGUUAGUAAAUAAAUUGUAAGCCAACAAAAAGUGAAUACAUAAUAUACACACACAUUGUCACCAAGUUAAAAAGAUUUGGUUUAAUAUUAUAUAAUUGUUAGCUCCCUGUAUGUUAUCAGUGACGACAGACAUAUCUAUUAAUUUCUUAAAGCUAACUAGCCAUUUUGUUAUCAGUGAGGACAGCAAUAACUUUGAAUAUCUCAAAGCUAACUAGCCAGAAUGUAAUCAGUGAGGACAGAAAUAAUCUUUUAAUAUCUCAAAGUCAGCUAGCCUGUAUUAUUUCUGUGUUUGGAUUAACUAAGUAAUUUUAAAACAUCAAUAAAAUUGUUUAAAAACCUGCUUUUUUGUCAAGGUUUUUGAUGAAGUGCCAAGAAGCAGCAAACAAUGGGCAGCAACUCCCGUCUUUUGUGAGUUAUCUGAAGAACCCAAAGAAUGGGAAAAGUCAGCUAUCACAGAACAUUCGACUGGAGCAGUUGAUAGAGGCUUAUGAGCACAGGGCUGGCAGGUAGGUCAGAUGUCCUAAAUCAUUUCAUUAGCUUUUCUAUCUGUGAAUUCAAUUUGAAAAGACUGUAUGAGCACAGGGCAGGCAGAUCAGACCUUUCACUCCAGACCACAGAGAAAAGCAACACGCCCUUAUCUCCUUUAUAUUAUUUUUUUUAAAAGCUUGUAUUUUGUGCACUUUGUUUUUCAUUUCAUUCUUUCAAAUCAUAUGAACAAUUGAAACAUGUCUCACAACUGUUGAAUUAAAAUUAUUAAAUAACUUUAAAAAAAAAAGGAAAAAGAAGGAAAUUAUAAAAUGAAAACCUGUCAUUCAAAAAUCGUCUCAAAAAUCUUUUCAUUGCAUCAUUUUUCGCCAGUCAUUUCUAGUUCAUAGUGUUUACAAUAUUUAUCUCAUAGGAUGAUAGCAGAGGCAAGUCUUAGGAUAAAAACUCAGCUAGACAAGGGAAUGAAGCCAGCCGAAGCUUGGAACAGCUCCACUCAGAUGUUGGUAGAAGCUGUUGUGGUAAGCAUGGUAUCUUCUAUGUGUGUCCACCUAUUUCUUUGUUAGUCUUCACUUAUUUCUUUGUAAUUCUUGAAAUAUUUCUUUGCGACAGUUGAUCUAUUUCUUUGUAAUUCUUGUCAUAUUUCCUCGUCACACUUGAUCUAUUUCUUUGUUUCUGUUGGAGAUAUUUGAGUUUCUCUACUGGCAUUUAUUACUGAAUACUUUAUGUUAUCGAAACAAGUAAACCUAUCAAAGACAUGGUCAAAGACAUGGGUCAGCUUUCACAGGGAUUCGGUUUGCCAAAGUCUGUUCAUUGGUUACACAUUUUAUUGUCACAGAUUUAUUUCUCUGCCUCACUAACAAUUUAUUGUCCCAGUUUUAUUUCUCUGCCUCACUAACAAUUUAUUGUCACAGAUUUAUUUCCCUGUCUUACUAACAAUUUAUUGUCACAGAUUUAUUUCUCUGCCUCACUAACAAUUUAUUGUCACAGAUUUAAUUCUCUGUCUCACUAACAAUUUAUUGUCAUGCAUUUAUUUCUCUGUCUCACAAACAAUUUAUUGUCAUACAUUUAUUUCUCUGUCUCAAUAACAAUUUAUUGUCAUGCAUUUAUUUCUCUGUCUCACAAACAAUUUAUUGUCAUACAUUUAUUUCUCUGUCUCACUAACAAUUUAUGGUCAUACAUUUAUUGCUGUCUAAUUGAGAUAAUUUAUUAUCAUACAUUUAUUUCUGUCUCACUGACAUAGUUUAUUGACAUACAUUCAUUUCUUUGUCUCACUGACAUAAUUUAUUGUUAUACAUUUAUUUCUGUCUCACUGACAUAAUUUAUUUGCAUACAUUCAUUUCUUUGUCUCACUGACAUAAUUUAUUGUUAUAAAUUUAUUUCUCGAUGUCCAGGCUUUCACGCAUGCGUUUGUUGUGAGAGCUUUCAUUGAGAAAGUCCUGACCUCCAACCUGGAGCCAUCUCUUUACACAGUCCUGUCCCAGUUGUGUGAACUCUACGCUCUCUACGGCAUCACCAAGUACUCUGGGCAGUUCACCAAGGUUGGUCUUUGUAUAAGUUAUAGUAAAUUCUUAGGUGUAUGACACAGUACGCUGUGACAAAUGACCUAUAAGAUGCUUAUUAUUGACUGGUUAGAAUGUCUCCACCCCCUCUCACUCCAAUCUACACAUUUAGAUGAAAUAAUGGACAUAGCUACUUGAAUGACCAAUGCAAUCAUUUGUUUGCUGUUAGGCUGGCUACCUUACUUGUCUUACUUGAAUGACCAAUGAACAAAUUUGUUUGCUUUUGGUAGGGUGGAUACCUGAAUGACCAACAGCUGGAAAUUGUUGAGGGACGAAUCUAUGAUUUGUUGGCAGCUCUGAAGCCUAACGCAAUCGCCCUCGUUGAUGCCUUUGAUUUCCCCGAUCUUGUCCUAGACAGCGACAUCGGCCGAUAUGAUGGUAAUGUUUAUGAAGCGUUGAUGGAGUACGCCAAACGUUCUAAACUGAACAGCACUGAGGUGAGUCCCACAUCAAACUCUAAACCAUUAGUUGACUUAUGGCAGGCUCAAUGAGACGACAGAUUAGCUGACAGAGAUAAUGAGCAUAGUAUUGCUUGCUGAGACUUUACAGAGCAUUUGCUCUUGAAUGAUGACUCGUAAGGAAUCGCAUCCCUAGGCCUGGGCCGUAUACAACCGUUAAUAUGGUGUCAAGGACUGAAGGCACACCCAUAAACUAAUUUUGCAGCCUGGCUCAGAGUGACCCCACGUAAUUGGAGCUACUCUAUGACUCUAUGUAUAAAUUGUCCAGAAAAAACAACCAGGCAUAAAAUUAUACAAAAUAAUUAUACAUUUUAUCUUUGUUUGGUACAUGUAUACAUUAUUAUUGUACAUUCUUUUGUAAUAUUAUAUAUAUUAUUCUUCUUCUUCAGGUUCAUGAAGGCUUCUACAAGUACCAGAAGCCUUUUGUCGACUCGAUGAAGGCCAGCGUCCAGUCUCGUUUAUGAGAGCCGUUAUGAAUUAAGUGGCCCAAUUAACUUUAUUUGUUGAUAUUGUUGAGACUGCAAAAAAGUUGUCAGGAAUUCCUUAAUUUAAGAAUUAUUCCACUUCCAUAACAAUGGCCUUUUUUUAAAAUGAAAAACCAGGGGCUAUAACUCAUGGAAUUUCUUUUAUAGUCUCUUAACUUUAAAAAAAAAAUUAAAAUUGAACAAGUGAAUAUUAUUUUAGUAUAUGUUUGAUUAGUCUUAUAAUAAAUUUGACAUUAAACAUUUUAAGUAGAAAAAAAUAAUCGAGAUUGAUAGCUUAUUUCCAAAGUAAUGGUUAGACAGCCUAUUCACACAACUAUUGUAGACUUUGCCUCUAUUCCUCCCUAACAUUACUUAUUGCCCAAGCCUUCAUUUCCCAGCUUUAUUUAGUAGAAAAGCCAGGCAAAAAUAUGAUUGAUUAUCCUCUAACCCAGUGGUUCUCAACCUUCCUAAUGCCUCGAUCCUUUAAUAUAGUUCCUUAUGUUGUGGUGAACCCCCACCAUGUUUUCUGAUGGUCUUAGGCGACCCUUGUGAAAUGGUCAUUCCACCCCCAAAGGGGUCAUGACCUACAGGUUGAGAACCCCUGCUCUAAACUAACUUGUUUGUGAGGAAAUUCCUUUCCAUUCCAUCCAGUAUUGUAAGAAUGUAAUGUUGAUUCUGUUACAUCAACUCGGCCCUGCCAUUAAGGUCAUCAAGAUUUACAACACAAUUUCUCUUUCUAUUUUUCUUGUUGAGAUUUUUAUGUUGUUUUCGUUUUUGCUCAAAAUCAGAUGAAAAGAAAACAGAUUUUUAUUAAUCUUCUAGGCGUAUACAUGUCUAUUUAUUUGAUGGUAGAUUUUAAGAUUUCUCAAUAAUUACUAAAAUUAAUAAAAAAAUUCACUGCUUGUCCUAUGCAAUAGUGGUUUGACCUGAAUUAAAAAUAUGAUCACAUCCAUGUUCAACUAUUGAGUUCAACUAUAUUCACAUCUAUGUUAAACUAUUGAAUUUAACAAAAUGAUUUAAUUAUUCAGAUUAUUAACCAUGUUUGUUUUUAUAUUUUUAUAUUUCAUUCAGCUUCCUGAACUAAGAGGAGUCAAUUCUAUAACAUAAUAAAGUGAUCUAUUGAUGUAUAAAUUCCCAUUGAAAUAUUAUGUCAAUCAUGUAACACAUAAAGCUCUCUUGUUGAUUUCAUGUUGAUGGAUUCUAUAAUGAUUGAAAAAUUUACCACAUGUGCUGGGAGCAGGCAUUUAUGAAUGACAAAAAUAAUAACAAUAAAAUCAUUAAAAUA